CCAUCAGCUUGGUCUGCAGUGGUGAGCUACCGUGACCGACCUGGCUGGCACUGCUCAUGGUCGCAAGUGUUCGUCCAAGAGUAGUGAGGUGUCGGUCAGCUCGCAUGGAGCCAUCGUCAUCGAGAGCGGGGCACUUGCCCCUCUCGCGUUGUGGAGACUCGUGCUCCGCGAGCAAAUUCGGACCGACAGCGAACACUUCCAAGUCCCCCUCAUCCCCCUUCCGAGACUCUCAGUAGCAUGCGAAAGAUGAUCAAUACCAUUCUUGCAGUCGUCGCAAUGCUCAUUGCAGCUGCACACGCUCGCAUUGGACCUACCUCACUCCAAACACUUCGCGCCGUACAAACGACUGGCAAGGGGCCAAGUAUCAGCUCGGCCAAUGCUGUCGAUGCGACCGGGAUCACAGCGGGUGGUGUGACAUUCAAGAAUGCCAAAGCUCGAGAGUACUAUGUCGAUGGCAGAACAAUACCGCUCAUGGACUUUGACAUCGGUACAUUGCGCACGUUAUGCUGCUCCCCAAUCGGAGCUGAGCCGAGAGAGCAGGACCACUAUUCUCUGGCUUGCUUCCAAUAUCAGCAGCUGCUAAUGAGACGCGCAAGCUGUUCUUCAUUUUCACACCGACGCAAUCCGGCAAAUCAAGCAAGGAUCUCGUAAUCUGGCUCAAUGGAGGUAUGCAGGCCCGGGUUGCCAGACAACGGCGCUGAGCAUAUCGCAUAAGGACCUGGAUGCUCCUCUCUCGAGGGAUGGCUUCAGGAGAAUGGCCCUGCUACCUUUGGCUUCGGUCAGGCGGCGCCGACCCUCAGGACGAGUGGCAAUUGGGCACAAC